GAAUACUUGUCAGGGUAUUCAUGACAUACCUAUCACACUAUCAGAAAAGUACCGGUGCUAGCAAAUCUUUUUUUCUUUCUUUCUUUCCACAGGACUACAAAGGACAGAAACUAGCAGAGCAGAUUUUUCAGGGAAUAAUUCUUUUCUCUGCCGUAAUUGGCUUUAUUUGUGGAUACAUCACUGAACAAUUUGGCUGGACAGUUUACAUAGUAAUGGCUGGAUUUGCUUUAUCAUGCCUGCUUACACUCCCUCCAUGGCCCAUAUACCGUCGUAAUCCUCUGAAGUGGCUCCCAGUUCAGGAAGUGGCAACAGACGAUAAGAAGCCAGCAGACAGAAAAGUAAAAAGGCACCCUAAAAACUGAAAAGCAGUGUAUCUUGUAUCUUUUUCUGUCAUUAAAUUUGCUCUAAAAUUUA